AUGACCACGGGAGUCGCCAUCGGUCAGGGCAGCGGUGGGGACCGCGAGAUGAUCUCACUUGCGUAUAUCAAUGCUGCCAAACAGGUCCAGGACGAUACUUUGGACCGGCUUGGUCUCUCGAGCCAGCAUCACCAGGCGAUCCGUCGGUACGAAGAGAUCGCAGCGUAUCGGAGUCCUAAUCCGUUCAAAACCGAAACGCCUUUUGCGAAAUGGCUGGUCGAGGAGAAGAACAACCGACCGGAGAAGUAUGUCUUUUGGUCGAAGCUCUACCCCAUCUGCUACGGUCGCUCAGUCGAGCAGAGCUCCGUCAUCUUCUGA